GAGGAUACAGGGGUGACUAGAGUCGUGCAGUAGCUGUCGCUCAGCGUAUGUGCAGUUGUGAUGCUGCACAUGAGCGGUCGUUAGACACACACACACACACACACACACAUAUAUAUAUAAAGGCAGGGCGCAGCAGCUCGCUGUUUGCACGGAGCUGCCAGACUUGUGGAAGUCCCCGCUCGUCUCCUGCACCUCCUGCCCGGCUUGCACCGUCUGAUUCCGCACAAAUGAUGAACUUUCUCCGCCGAAGGCUCUCCGACAGCAGCUUCAUCGCCAACCUGCCCAAUGGAUACAUGACCGACCUGCAGCGGCCGGAGACCCCGCAGCCCCCUCCGCCCGUGUCCCCGGUCCCCGACAAGAGGCAGCCGCCCCAGUCCGCUGGAAGCAGCUUCUUCUCGUCCAUCUCCAACGCUGUCAAGCAGACCACCGCGGCCGCCGCGGCCGGAUUAGCCGAGCAGACGUCCACUGGCGCUGCCAAGAAAGCCAAGAUCCUGCUCAUCGUUGACGAGCCUCACACUGACUGGGCAAAACUGUUCCGAGGAAAAAAGAUCCAUGGGGAUUAUGAUAUCAGAGUGGAACAGGCAGAAUUUGCCGAGAUUAAUCUCAUCGCUCAAGCCGAUGGUACCUGUAUGGUCGACAUGCAAGUCUUUCGAAACAGCACGAAAGUUGUCAGAUCUUUCAAGCCUGACUUUAUCAUUGUGCGACAACAUCCAUACAGCAUGGCAGAGAAUGAGGAUUUCCGUAAUAUUAUUAUAGGACUUCAGUAUGGAAGUCUACCAAGUGUGAAUUCACUAGAAUCCAUCUACAACUUCUGCGACAAGCCAUGGGUGUUUGCUCAAAUGGCGAGCAUCUACAAAAGGCUGGGUCCAGAGAAAUUUCCUCUGAUUGAACAGAUCUAUUAUCCAAAUCAUAAGGAAAUGAUAACCAUGCCAACUUUCCCUGUUGUUGUGAAGAUUGGACAUGCUCAUUCAGGCAUGGGAAAGGUGAAAGUGGAAAAUCAUUACGAUUUUCAGGACAUUGCAAGUGUGGUAGCCUUGGCCAACACCUACGCCACGACAGAACCUUUCAUAGACUCCAAAUAUGAUAUCAGGAUUCAAAAAAUAGGCAAUAAUUACAAGGCUUACAUGAGAACAUCAAUAUCUGGAAACUGGAAAACAAACACUGGGUCAGCCAUGCUUGAACAGAUUGCAAUGACAGAAAGGUACAGGCUUUGGGUCGAUGUCUGUUCCGAAAUGUUUGGAGGAUUGGAAAUCUGUGCUGUGAAGGCUGUCCAUGGAAAGGAUGGAAAGGAUUAUAUUAUUGAGGUCAUGGACUGCACUAUGCCAUUGAUUGGAGAACACCAAGCUGAAGACAGAGAACUUCUAACUGAACUGGUUUUAGCCAAGAUGAACCUACUAAUACCUAGAACACCUAUUCCAUCACCUCAGAGACCGACUGCCACACAGCAACCACAGGGUGGAAGUUUGAAGGAGGCACAGACUCAGCCAGGCUCAUUUCCACAACAGCGGCCUCCACCACAAGGGGGCUCAACACAACCCCAAGGACCACCUGCACAGAGCCAAGAUCAACUGCAGCAACACAGUGCUUCUCACGAGGGGCCACGUCUGCAAGGAGGCCCCCCACCUCAACUGCAGAGGCAGCCGAGCCAAGCGACGCAUCAACAGCCUGCUUUGCAACCCCAGAGACCACAAAGUCAACCAAUAAAGAGGCAACCGGAGCAAAAGAUGCAAGCACAGCCUCCAAUAAAAUCGCAGCCAAAGCCACCGAAGCAACAGUCACAGCCCCAUCCCCAGUUAAACAAAUCACAGUCUUUGACCAACGCAUUCAACUUUACGGAAUCAUCACUGUUUCGAUCAAAUUUAAAUGAAGAUGAAGCAAAGGCUGAAACAAUCCGUAACUUAAGGAAGUCCUUUGCCAGUUUAUUUUCUGAUUAGUCAACACUAAAUGCCGUGAUACCUUGGAUAACCCCACUUAAAUAUUACACUAAGCUGCAGCGUACUAACCUCAGUGACUUUAGAUUAAAAAAAAAAAAUUGUGCCCUAGAGUUGAAUUCUUCUUUUGUGCCGUUUGGGUGUAUAUUUUCAUUUGUACAAAGUAAGAUGUGAAAAUAUGAGCUGUUUUAGAUCAGUUAGCUACAAGAAAAAAAAUUGCUAGACAAAUCACACUCCAUUUAAGUCAGUACUAGUGUGGCUGCUGAGUGGUUUCAACAGGGGAAAUAAACUUACCUUUAGCAUAUUCACUGUGAUGUUGUGAUAUGUGCACACAGAUGCCUUAUAGUAAAUGUACAUUUCUACAGUUUAUUUUGGCGUGAAGUUUGAUAGUAUGAUGGUCAAUUAAAGUGUGCUUCUUUCUGUUCACUUCUGUGGUAAGAUGCAAUCAUAGUUAACAGACUGCUUUUGUGAUUACCUAUACUAUGCUGUGGCAAGUUGGAUACAGUAUAUAUGUUGUGGCUAAUCUACAAGUUGCUUUCAAACUGGUGAAGCGUAACAGAAGUGUACAACGGUAUUAUGUGUGUAUCAACUGAAAUCCUCGUGUAUCAUAAGGGAUUAAUAAAAAUUGAAUUCCUCAUGCACUUCCAGAAAUGUUCCUCCUAAAUGUAAUAAUUUAUGUAUACAAUUCAGGGGAGUAUCAUAAAACAGCAUGUUUAUCAUAGCUUAUCCAUGUGUAUUCAAAUACUGUGUACUAUUAUAGCAUGCAUGUUAUAUAAUCUACUUGUUGUUCCUUUGUGUUGGAUUGUUUAGUCUUUUGCGUGCUUUUCUAACCUAGCUUAACUUGUCUGAACUCAUAAAACUGAGCAUAUGUCUGGUAUAGAUAUACACAGCAAAUAAAUAAAUAUAUUUGGGGAGAUAUUGCCAAGAAAUCAUAGCAUCGCACGCAAUGCACUGAAUCACUUGUAUUAGAUUUCAGCAUUUGGAUACUUUGCUGAAGAUUCUUUAAGUAAAAACUCCAGUGAAUGUAUUCACCAGUCGUAUACCUAUCAACAUCAAGAAAAAGACAUUGGAAAAUUGGCACCUUUAGCAGCAAUCACAUACCCAUUACAGACACUGGCAUAAAUAAAGAGUUAGUCAAGGAUGUAAAAAAGAUGUAAACUUCAGUUUUAGUACAAUUUUAUUUUAAAUGUAGCGAUUUAAAGCGGGAGAAGCAAGCUAUAGAUACUGAAAGCUGAGCUUUUGUUUCAGUAUUUCACCUCUAUUAAUUUACUAACCCCACACUGAGAAACUUGUCAAACAGUUACCAUUUCAGAUCAAUGACCUUUCAUAAGAACUGGAAAAGUGAGAAAACAGGUGUGUUGUAAGUUGCAGUCACGGGAAGAGGUGGAGGUAACAUAAAGCAUGUCUGUGAAGGGUGGAGACCACAAGAUUCCGUGACACAAAAUGCCAUUGACGCUAUCUACGAGAGAGGGGUAAAUGCUUCUCGGUCAAAGCCCACCCGUCUCGAGAAGGCGUAAACAGAAGAGGACAAUGAGAGGGGAAAAACAAUGUUGGAACUAUGGGAUGCACAACACUGGGAUUAUGCUGCUGGGAUUAUGAAGUAAAAGAAAAUACUGGAAAUUCUUAUCGUGAAGUGGAAUCUGUAGAGAGAGAACUACAGGGUUAAUAUUACAGUUGGAUGAUCUGAUAUCAGCACUAAUACAUUGCUAUCAACAAUUUUAGAUAACCAGCUUUUCUUGUUUAUGUCAAAACAGGCCAUUUCCUCACCCUGCAUUUUUUUUUCUCUUUCAAAGGAUCACUUAAUACCCUUUGGAAAUUUUCUAUUGAAUUAUUUUUGGCAUGUUAAUCCUAAAUAUUUCUUCACAUUUGAUUGAUUGAUUAAAAUACGUAGCAUGGAAACAGGUCCUUUGGCUCAUCAAGACUACAUUAACCAUCGAUCACCCGUUCACAAUAGUUCUAUGUUGCACCCACUCCUUACACACUAGGGUCAAUUUAACCUACAAACCCACACGUCUAUGGGAUGUGGGAGAAAACCAGAGUAUCCAGAGGAGACCUAUGUGGUCACAGGAGAACAUGCAAACUCCAGACGGAGAGCACCCGAGAUCGGGAUCGAACUGGAGUCACUGU